AUGCCGCAAACAAGUUCGCGAACCAGAAUUACGAGGAAAGAAGUAGAAGCUGCCUUUGCAAUGUGCAAUCCUCAGAAGCCUGAAACAAUCAACAUACAAGAUUUAAAGGUUAUCAUGAGAGCUCUUGGCGAUAAAGAUGAAGCCUUACUUACUGUUGAUCAGUUCCUCGAUUUGAUGAAGGAGCGCUUGGAAUCCGACAAGAGCACUGAAGAGAUGAGAUGCGCCUUCAAAUUGUUCGAUCGUGAUGGCAAAGGAUGGAUUGAUUUGGAGGAUUUAAAACGAGUAUCUAAUGAACUUGGGGAAGAUAUCAAACAGAAUGAUCUCAUCGAAAUGCUAAAAGAAGCAGAGGCAGAUCCCGGACAAAAGGGGAGGGUGGACGAAGAAGCAUUUUUCCGAAUUAUGAAAAGGACAUGCCUAUAU